AUGCCUAAUCCGAGCCUGGAUCAGUUGGAGAAAAUCCAGGAGAACGCGCGAGGAACUCUGCCUAAUACACCUCCUCCGGAAACUAUCGGCCGGGACGGUAUUACCAACCUGCAACUGAUCGCCUUCAAUGAACUCUUUGAAGUUGCUUUCUUCAACGAGCUGCUCCUGAAUGUGACGAACAAUGUCGAGGGGUAUCACUUUAAGGAUCCAGAUGAUCGCGAGUUCGUUAUCACGACCCUGACUGCUAUUCUCGCUCAAGAAGAACUCCAUGUUUUGAGUGCGAACAGCGGCCUGCAGCAUUUCAACAUUGCGUCAAUUCAACCGUGCCGUUAUCAGUUUCCCGUUUCGGACUUUGACUCGGCCAUCGCCCUUGCUGCCACCUUUACCAAUCUCGUCCUGGGCACACUCCAAGAUGUGGUCGAGGUCUUUGCUGCCGAGCGUGACUUUGGCCUAGCUCGUUUGAUCGCGUCGGUUAUCGGUAACGAGGGCGAACAACAGGGUUGGUUCCGUAUUCAGCAGGGAAAGAUUCCCAGCGAGCUUCCUUUCCUGACGACCAGCGCUCUGCCCUUUGCCUUCACCGCUGUUCAACAGUUCACUGUCCCCGGAAGCUGUCUCAAUAUAAAUGAGAUCAAGCUGCAGACAUUCCAGCCAUUGACCAUUGUCAAAACGCCAUCAACCAUGACUGGGAACAUCAUCGUCUCCUGGCCAGUGAGCAAACAGGGCACGAGGAACCAAACACCAUUUUCCCUCACCUAUAUCAACCAGCAGAAUCUGCCGAUCGUGGAGCCAUUGCAAAUCACUUCCCGUAAGGAGAAUGUCGUUUAUGCCGAAGCACUUUUCCCGUACGAUCAGUAUGAGUUGAAUGGAUUCACAAUUGCUGCGAUUACUAACAGCAGUGGACCCUUCCCGAAUGCAGGCUCGGUUGCUAGAUCAACCGUGUUUGGUCCUGGUCUGAUCAUGGUGAACUAG